UUUUUUUUGUGUGACUUUUCACCACGGUCAUUAAUAAAAGAAGACUACUUUGUACAAAAAAUGCAAAAUAUGUUUCUCUUUUUUUCUUUCUUGAAUUUCCAACUGAUUAGGCCUAAUGUCACUAUUACUAUUAAUCAUUAUAUUCCCCUAGCAUGUAUACAGUGAAUAAGAUAAUAAUAGGCAAGUCAAGUAGUAGUAGUAAUAAAUAUAUAAUUUUACUCAGUAAUAAUAAACCUUAUAGUCCAUUCAUUACAUAUGCAAUCACUGAAUUGUUUGUGUUUAGAUUGUAUCUUUGAAUUACUAUAAGGCGUUCACAGAAUCAUGCCAAGACAAUACCAGCGCAAGACAACACGAGGAACAUUUACGAAACAUGCCAUUGAGAUGGCAGUUGCAGCCUAUCUUGAAGGAAAGUCGCUUCGUAAAGUUGCAUCCGACUGUGGGGUCAAUUAUAAGACCCUUCAACGCUAUGUAAAGCUGCACAAAACAGAUGGCAACAUUGAGAAGGCAACUUUCGGCUACAGUACGCAGAAGAAGCGCAUCUUCUCAGAUGAGCAAGAACAAGUUUUGCUAGACUACAUCAUUGAAGCCUCUAUAAUCUACUAUGGCCUCAAUCUGAGAGAAUUACGCAAACUAGCCUAUGAAGCUGCUGUCGCCAACAAAAUUCCCAUGCCAGAAUCCUGGUCCUCUGCGAAAGCUGCAGGAGAGGAUUGGCUAAAGGCAUUCAGGCAACGUCACAAGGACAAGCUAUCUCUAAUGGAACAAUCUGAAGUGAGAAUGAACCCUCAGUCUUUAAAGGAUCCAGUGAGAUUUAAUGACAACUGUGAUACAGGCCACACGACUAAAGUACAGCAACCUUAUCCCAUCAAGAUCUUUCGGGUGAAACACGAAGUUCCCUUUGAUCAAGAAAAAACUGAAAUUUUGGAAGUUAAUAAUCAGCAUGAAAACCUUUACAGCCUAGAACACAGUUAUUGCACAAAACCCUAUACAUCAUUGUUGGAAGAAUGCCACAACUCGCUUAUCAAUUCACCAGAGAAAAGUAUAUCACCGGGUCUAAAUGACGACAUAAAGAAUGAGUGCCCUAGUGAAAGUGAAACCACAGGACCUUCAGAUGAAGCAGAAGUUAAGAUUGAAGCAAAUGAUGUUCAGCAGCAGGAAGGCACAUCUAGCGGUAUUUCAAAUUCCCAAGAAAAGAAAAAAAAGCACACAAUAGAGGAGUUUGCUGAAUACAUUGAGCAGUAUAAGGACAUAGAAAUCUCAAACCUAAAACUGGGCAACGUUGCCUGGUUAUGCAAGAAUAGGUUCACAGAUGAUGUCGCCAAUUACAUCCAUUCUGAAAUACAGAAGCAUGAAUUGCCUAUCACAGCUCGUGAAGAAACGCUGUUCACUAGAAUUCGUGACUUUAUUAAACAUAUGGAAUUUUACAUGACGAACAUUAAUAGUAAUUGGCGGAGAAUUAUCGGCUUGUUGGAAACUAAAUUUUUCACAUACAUAAGACGAAGGAAAAAACCCCUGCCUGUCAAAAAGGAUAAAACUCCUAAAAAUCUAGCAAAAAAAAUUCCACCUGACACUGACAGAGAAACUCGUGUUGAUGAUACUCCGAUAGACAUUGAGAUCCCAGCUCAGAGAACAGAGAGGACGUGUGUAGUAGAGUGCCAAAGAUGUUUAAACUACAGGAGAACUUACAAAAACCUGAUGUCUAAUUACAAAAGGUUAAAGAAAAGGUGUGUGGAGGUAAGGAAAGAGUGUAAUCAAUUGAAGAAAAAUUACAAAUUUUUAGAUGCCAAUAAGAAGCUGAACAGGUUGCGUAAUCAAUUACGUGACAAGAAUGUUCUUUUGGCUGAGCAGCGGAAGACUAGCAGCCUUAAUAAGAAAUUAUUACUUGAUCUUACAAUAGAAAAAGGGAAACAGUUCCAAGUUGUCCGAUAUUAUAAAAAGCAAUUAAAGGAAAAAUUUGGAGUGGAGGAAGAUGAUAUAGUUAUACAUCCUAAAGUAGCUAGGAGGCAAUUGGAACUUACUUUUGAAAAACUGCAAAAGUUGCAGCAGGAAUCGUAAGGUUUUUCAGAAAAUAUUUAAUUCUAGCAUGGUUUGUUAUAAUAAAGUAUGUUGAUUUGUU